CAGACCAAAAACUUACUAAAGAAAAAAAAGAAGGAAGGUAAGGGGGACUGGGAAAAAAAAAACUCUCGCCUCUUCUCCCCGCAGGCCGCAACCGUUGAUCGCUGCCUCGCCGUGAGGUUUUUUCACACUGCUCCCACUCACUCACACUGCAUGCGACCUCUUCGUUAACAUUUUUCACCUUCUCCGCCGUCACCGCCACCGCCACCGUCUACCACCACUCUUCUACUUUCAGUCUCCUCUACAUGAAGUACUACAACCAACCCUGGCAGUGCUUCUCCAGUUCUCGCAUUGCAUCACCGUGCUCAACCUUCCAUGACGUUAAUGCUUCGUCUUAUGUUAUGCAUUUGUACUUGAAGUCAAUGCUUUUCACAUUUACAAUGACAUUAUUUGAUGAUUGAUUUAUUUUACUUUGAUUUGUAAUUCUUGUCCUUAUUUUAAUUUCUGCUUCAAUUUCUUCUUUGGUUUUUAGGAUUUAGGGACCUAUAGUUCAUGCUGAGCAAUGAUUUUCAUUCCCAGGUGAUGCCUGUUAUGUUUUUGUUCUCGCGGCUGCGGAGCUUAGGGUGGUCCGCCGUAACCAAUGUCUUCUAUGGCAUACACGGUGAAGGAUCCAAUUUGAGGAAUGAGUGCCAAUGCCAUUUUGUUUCUCUUCUAAUCCUUAACAAACACAGGGUAGGUGGACAUGUGCAUGGUCUACGCUUCAAGUCCAGUGAGCUCUUGCGUGAGAAACACAGACAAAUACUGCAAAGAAACUAGCUUCAACAUCCAGAUGGUGAAACUUCCUAUGAUUGGGAUUGUCUGACCUAGAUCGUGGGCGGUAUUCGAUUCGGAAAGACUGUGUAUGUUUCUUCAGUCUUCCUACUAAUUUGGAAAAAUGAGGAUUGCUAAGGAGGAACCAUCAAGCAAUGCUUCUCAGGCAAUAGGCUUGAUAUCCAUUGUGAAGGAAUUGCAAGGGGUUACCUCUAGGGAGCUUAAUAAAUUAUUGAGGGACUCUUCAACUUUUACCAUUCACUACUUUACUGAAAAAGGAUCUCUGCUGAAGAUUGAUAUGGAAAAGCUUGCCGGGUCUCUUCCAUUGCACCUUGUUUUAGUACUAAUGUCAGAUGAUGGAGGUGAAGCCAAGUUCAGAUACUUAUUAUGUGGCGUUCGACUCUUGCAUUCCUUGUGUGAUUUAGCGUCCCGAAAUUAUAAAUUCGAGCAGAUUUUUCUGGGUGAUGCUAAAGUGGCGGAACAGCUGCUUGACUUGGUUUUCUACACGCUAAUUGGUCUUGGUGGUUACAGACAGGAAGACCAUGCUCCUAAUCAUAUGGACCUUAUGAGUUCAACUCUUGUUGCGUGCAAUUUAUAUCUAUUAACAGGGUUUUUAUCGCCACAGUGGCAAGAAAUGGUUCCUGUGUUGCUUGAGCACCCCAAGGUUGACGUAUUUAUAGAUGCAGCUUUUGGAUCAGUUCGAAUGGUUGUUAGGUGUCUUGAGAAUACACUGGCAGCUUAUUAUAAGGAUAUUUCCAUAGAACCAAGUCUGACUGCUGAACGAGUUGUUUAUUAUCUCUGCCAGCAGUGUGAAGCUUCUCUGCAGUUUAUUCAGUCACUAUGUCAACAAAAACUAUUUAUGGAGCGCCUGCUUAAGAAUAAGGAAUUAUGUGGAAAGGGGAGCAUUCUUUUUCUUGCUCAGUCCAUCUUAAAGCUACACAUUCAACCAUCUUUUACAAAUAGAAUCAUGGCAGCUAUUUCAAGGCUAAAAGCUAAAACACUAUCAAUUCUUCUGAGUUUGUGUGAAGCGGAAAGAAUUUCUUACCUUGAUGAAGUCGCCAGCUCAACACAAAGUUUAGAUUUGGCUAAAUCUGUUGCUUUAGAGGUCUUUGACUUGUUGAAAAAAGCUUUUGAUAGAGAUCCUGGGCACAUCCCUACUGACCAAAGUCAUCCAAUGGGGCUUGUACAGCUCAAUGCAAUGCGUCUAGUUGAAAUCUUCUCUGAUGAUUCAAACUUUCGAUCCUACAUGACACUUUGUUUUGCUAAAGUUCUUACAGCUGUAAUUUCACUCUCCCAUGGAGAUUUUUUGUCCUGUUGGUGUUCAUCUAAUCUCCCAGAGACAGAGGAGGAUGCAAGCCUUGAAUAUGAUAUAUUUGCUGCAGUUGGAUGGAUUUUGGAUAAUACUUCACCUGAUGUAAGGAAGGUCACAGAUUUGGAAUUCAAUCUAAUCCCUAUAACAAUGCCCAGGGCUUCUUUUGCUCAUCAUAGGACAUCAUUAUUUGUGAAAUUCUUUGCAAAUCUUCACUGUUUUGUUCCCAACAUAUGUGAAGAACAGGAAAGGAACCUUUUCGUUCUCAAGGUCUUGGAGUGCUUGCAAAUGGAUCAAACCAACUUGCUGCCUGGGUUUUCUUUUGCUUCUGAUACUCCUACUGCCUGGAAGAACCUCCGCUCGUUGAUAAGUCAUGCCGAAUCUUUGAUUCCAACCUUCUUAAAUGCGGAGGAUGUGCGACUUUUAAGGGCGUUUUUUAGUGAAUUGCAAUCACUGUUUAUUUCUGCUGGAUUUAAGCAAAAUCAUGUUCAAGAGGCUCAGAAGGGUGGUAACUUAAAGGAAAGAAUCUCCAAGAACUCUGCAUUUCCAGACAUGGACCAAGUCCAACAUCAUACCAGAGCUUAUGACACAAAUGAAGGCAAUGGAAAUAGGCAGAAUCAGGUAGAAACUAAAGGUAUCUCGGGUAAAACUGCAUCAGGACGAGCAAGAAAUAUAGACAAGGAUGCUCCGAAAAUUGAAACAAGUGGUUCAGAUACUAGUUCUGCUAAAGGAAAGAAUGUUGUUGACCAUAUGGAUAGUAGUGAACUAUCAAAGCCAAAUGAAAAGAUUGAACUUGCACUGAGGAAAACACGAAAGCGAACUAUAAUGAAUGAUGAACAGGUGUUACUGAUUGAGAAGGCACUCUUAAAUGAGCCUGAUAUGCAGCGUAAUGCAGCUUCACUUCAAUCAUGGGCUGAUAAAUUAAGUGCUCAUGGUUCUGAGGUUACAUCUUCACAGCUUAAAAACUGGUUGAACAAUCGAAAGGCUAGGCUAGCUCGCACGCGUAAGGAUGUUCGACCAGUAGCAGCCAAUGUUGACAAUCCAGUUGCAGACAAGCAAAAAAGGCCACUAUUGGGGUUGUAUGGCUCACCAGACAGUGCAGGUCAAUAUGUCGUGCUUAUUGGUGAGCGAUCAGAGGAGAUUGGCAGAGGAAAGGUGUUUCAGAUGCACGGUAUGUGGCAUGGGAUGAGUUUGGAUGAAUUUGCAAUCUGUGUUGUGGAUGUUUAUGAGCUUAAGGUUGAUAACGGGUCGUGGCUACUCUACCCAUCAGAAGCCACCGGCACCACAUUUGCAGACGCUGAAGAAAAGUUAGGUGUCAUGAGAGUGUUAUGGGAUUUGAGCAGAGUCUUUGUGUUGCGAUUAUAAUGAGUUUACUAUGCUUCAGUGGUUGCAGCUGUUCCUUUGCAACCCGCUGCAAUCUUCACCAAUCUUCCUUGCGCUUCCCUGUAUGCCGUGGACAUUAUUAGCUGAGAAGAACAAACAUACCAAAUAGAAAGAUAGUUUUAGGAUGUAUGAAUAAAAGCCUUAGGUGGCACCAAAAGUAGUUAAGGUCUGUCUGAUUACUACAGUUUUUAAUUUUUCAAAACAGGAAGAAAAACUCAUUUCAUAUGAACUGUUAUUAAAA